AUGGACGAUUUUGUUAAACGCUUUGGUCAACGGACGUUGUCAGGAUAUUAUAAACUCUCCAGAGUAAGGUCGGGUCUUAUCGUCUCAAUAUUUAAUAUUGGAUGUACGAUAGGGGGUGUCACAUUACCUAAGUUUGCAGAUCUAUUUGGGAGAAAAGUUGGACUUGUGAUAAGUAUGUUCGUUUAUAUUAUUGGCUGUAUUAUCCAGAUUACUUCGAGAAUCAGCUGGGUGCAAUACUUCAUUGGAAGAAUAGUGACUGGACUUGCAAUUGGGUCAAAUUGUGUGAUCGCACCUUUAUUUCUCUCAGAAAUUUCACCAAAGGAUAUAAGGGGAAGUGUCGUUUCCGUUUUUCAACUUCUCACCACAAUGGGAAUGUUUCUAGGCUAUUGUGCAUGCUAUGGAACUUAUCACAAUUCUACAGGUUCUUAUCAAUGGGAGUUACCCCUAGGUCUUUGCUUUUUGUGGGCCUCAUUGGCAAUAAUUGGGAUUAUUAUUUGCCCGGAGUCCCCCAGGUAUCUUGCCAAAAAAGGGCUGAUUGGGAAAGCAAAACAAUCAUUUUCAAAGAUGAAGAGAUGUACGAUUGACUCUCCUGAAGUUACAUCUGAAAUUAUUUCACUUCAAAAAUCUAUCGGUGAAGAGAACGCGGCAGGAACGUCAUCUUGGAAAGAACUAAUUACAGGUAAACCACUUAUCUUAUAUCGUGUGACUAUGGGUGUGUUGUUGGAGACACUGCAAGAACUUACUGGAGAUAACUAUUUAUUUUACUAUGGCACUACAAUUUUUAAGUCUGUUGGUCUAGACGACUCAUUUUUUACAUCAAUCAUUAUAGGUGCAGUUAAUUUUGUUUCAACAUUUCUUGCAUUUUAUGCGAUCGACCAUAUAGGGCGAAGAAAUACAUUACUGAUUGGUUCAGCAGGCAUGUUCUGCUGCCUUAUAAUCUAUGCAUCUAUAGGUGUCAAAUUACUAUAUCCAGGAAAAUUUGGUAUUGAUCCGGUGAAAUCAGUAGGCGAUGCAAUGAUAGUUCUCUGCUGCCUUUUUAUUUUCUUCUUUGCUAUAACCUGGGGACCCAGUCUUUACGUUAUUGUUGGUGAAUCAUAUCCUUUGAGAAUCAGAUCCAAGGCCAUGGGCAUCACAAUUGGUUCCAAUUGGUUCUGGAAUUUCCUAAUAGCUUUUUUUACCCCUUUCAUUACAAGUGCUAUUCAUUUUGCAUAUGGCUACGUGUUUGCUGGCGCCACCGUCUUUGCCUUUAUAUUUGUCUACCUUUUUGUUCCAGAAACCAAAGGUAUGCACCUUGAAGAUACGGAUCUCAUGUAUCAACAUCUGAAGUUUGGUUCCGCCUAUAAGGCACGUACCUUUUAUAAAAAAUUAGAGGGAAGUCAAAUAUUAGAAAAAUGA